AUGAAGUCAUUUGCCGUGCUAGCUGCUCUUGCGACCGUUGUCUCUGCUGCUCCAGCUCGCGAUCGAGCUGCACGCUCCCCUUCGCUAUUGGUCUACAGCGGCCCCGACGUGGUGUAUGCUCGAAAUAAUGACGGAAAGUUUACUCCUCCUAAGGGAGGCGUCAAUCCGCCCAAGCCUGUUUACACUGUCAAGAGUGCAUUCGAUUACGAGUCCAUUAACCUGGCGCUGAACCAAGAGUGGAUCGAGCUCGACCUGUUCCGCUACGGCCUAGAGAGAUUUUCGACGCAAGAAUUUGACGACGCGGGAUUGAACGCAGACGAUCGAUUCCUUAUUGAAUUCAUGGCAGAGCAAGAGAUUGGACACGCCCGUGCUUUGGGUAAUCUGUUGGGCGGACCCGAAGCAGCUUCUAAACCUUGCAAAUACACUUACCCAUUCCAGAGUGUUCGCGAGUUCGUCGACUUUUGCCAAAAGCUUACGCGAUGGGGUGAAUCCGGAGUCUACGGCUUCCUCCCACACCUCGAUUCUCGUCCCAGCGCUCAAAUUCUUCUUCAAUCUAUCACCACGGAGGCUCGUCAACAAAUGAUCUUCCGCCAAUUCGAAGGUCUGUUCCCCAUGCCUGUGUGGUUCGAAACUGGAAUCACCCAAUCGAUGGCAUGGACGCUUCUUGCGCCUUACCUCGAGGAGUGUCCAAAGGAGAACCAUCGUAUUCAAUGGAGGAACUUCCCAGGACUCAAUAUCACCAACAACCCGAGCGGAAUCGACCCUAACUACGGGCCUGCCAUCACACACAAUCGGACAGCUCUAUCCGAGCCAGGACGUGAAGUCCAAUUCACAUGGGAGGACCCAGGCAAGAAAGUCGGGCCGAAGAACUUUGACUAUGUUACUGCUACAACUGUACCUGGUAAAGCCAAGUAUGCGGCGUGGAUCUCGCAAUAUAACGUUACAUACACCCCGCUCGAGAACCUCAGCGGAAAUUCUGGUUCUACCAAGCAGCCUGACACGUUGGUCUACCCGGAUCUUGGUGAUCCUCAAGUCAAUUGUACGACAUUCAUUGCGCUUGUCGAUAAAGAUGUGUACGUCACACCCGCGAACUUGUCCUUGAUCGACAACCAUAUUGUCGCCGGACCAGCUAUUUACCAGUCGGGUUAA